AUGGCCAAUGCAGUAAAAGCUGAAAGGACCCAACUUUGCAGAAUGUGGAUGAAGUGGAAUGUUAACCACAACGGGAAAAUUGCAGAUGCUAUACCCACCCCUUCAGAUAAAAGCCCGUCUCUGCAGACAAGAAUGAGUUUGGACAAGAGAUCAGACAAUACAACUGCAAAUACAGUCUUAGAAAACCCCUUACAAACACCUCUAGAAAAGCAGGCAGCUGCAAAAAGUUUUGAAGCAUUGGCAACUACACCAGCAUUUUGGUCAUCAACUAAAGAAGAGUUUAUCGGUCCCAGUUUAAGAAUAUCAAAGUCAGAUUCUACUUUUCACAACCAGGCCUCUGUAGAGACACUCUAUGUCUCUCCUUCAUUCAAAACAUUUGACCCCGUAAAGGAGAUGGUAAUCAAAAAGGACCCUCAGAAGCCAGCACCAUCCAGCAUGGUUCAGAUGGAUGAUGAAGGCCUCCAACCCUUACCCACAUGGGUUUCAACCGUCUCUGAGGGAACAUCCUCCUUUUCUACUUUAUCUGUGUCACCUCCUGAUUCCACCUCUCCCGAGAAGUCAGUUCAGCUCUUACCCCCAAUUCUGACUGGACCUUCCUUCUGGGCUUUAUCCCAUCAACCGGCUUCUUCAGCCUCCUUUAAAGAUAAAGAUAAGACAGCCUGGAUUCACCACGCCUUUGCUCCUAGGGAUCCACUGUCUUCUGAUGAAGAAGCAAAUGACAACCUCAAUCUACCUGAGAUUCUUCCAGAUAGUUCUGAUUCGACAAAAAAUGAGACCAGCGACAUCUCUAAUGCUAAUUGGGUAGAUUUUUCCAUCCAAAACGUAGAGCACUUCACCUCAGUGUCUGGUGCUAAUUUUCAAACAAGAGGCUUGCCUAGGGAGCCGGAAUCAAAUAAUUCCACUAAUGUUCUUUUAGGAGAGGUAAGAAAUGCCAUAGUCAACUUACAUGCAGAUCUCAGCGUGGUGAUCCAAGAACUUCAUGCCAUCAAUAGCCAUCUGGUAAGCCUGAGUGGGACUAGUCAGCAGGUAAGCACAUCUUUGCAGGGCUCCCAGUCUUCUGAGGGCAGCUCCGAUCCAAUCUAA